CGAAAAAAAAUGGAUUCUGAGUCUUACAUUCUCUCUUUCCCAUUUUUCGUAAGUAUUUACAUAAACUUCACUUCAGAGUUUUGCUUUACUUUAGUAGCCUAAAGUAUCGAUCUCUUGUUCAGUGGCCAGUCAAAGCUAUAACAGUGCUGACAAAGGAGACUUAAAACCAGUCCUUUGAAUUCUGGCCAUUAUAGCACCCUUGUGGUCACAUGAUUGUAAUCUGGAUGCUUGGCAACCAACUUGUACUUAUGAUUGGUGCAGUAUUCAGUGGUCACACAAUCAAUUUUCCCUGCUAGCUUCCUACAAGGAAGGUCAAUGAGGAACCUGGCAGGAAAGAUAGUAAUUUGCUUGCAGCAUCCACUGCCUAGCAGCAGCCAACCCCAACUCCAUUAUGCUUGUACUAUACUUCAUGGGCUACUCAUGUACCAUCCCCCUGCUCAGCAGCAGCCACUCUUGUUCCUGUGCUGGUCACUCCACGUGGUAACAACUGGCCCUACCUACAUACUUGCCUGCUGGCCUGCUUCCAAAGGUGGCUUUCUAAAAGAUGACCAUAGAAGAACUUCCUGACCCUUCUGAAGAAGAAGUUUCAUUGAGUAGAAGACAUCAGUAUUUUAUCUCUGGCUCCGAAGAUUCAAUUACACAUUCAGUCUCUGCUGCACCAAUGCCUUCAGAAUAUGAAUUCUCUUUUUUCGAUCCAAAUGAUACAGCAUGCCAGGAAAUUCUUUUCAAUCCCAAAACUUCUGUAUCUGAAUUAUUUGCUAUUUUAAGACAGUGGGUUCCCCAAGUUCAGCAAAACAUUGAUGUGAUAGGAAAUGAGGUCAUUAAGAGAGGCUGUAACGUGAAUGACAGAGAUGGCUUGACUGAUAUGACUCUCUUGCACUAUACUUGCAAGUCAGGAGCUCAUGGAAUUGGAGAUGUGAAAACAGCAGCAAAAUUUGCCUCUCAACUUAUUGAGUUGGGUGCAGAUAUCAAUUUGAGGAGUCGCUGGACAAAUAUGAAUGCUCUCCACUAUGCUUCCUAUUUUGAUGUUCCAGAACUCAUUACUAUCAUUUUGAAAAAUGCAAAACCAAAAGAUGUUGAUGCCACUUGCAGUGACUUUGAUUUUGGAACUGCCUUGCAUAUUGCUGCCUUCAACCUAUGUACUGGAGCUGCAAAGUGUCUACUAGAACACGGCGCUAACCCUGCUUUUAGGAAUGACAAAGGGCAGACACCCGCUGAUGUGGUUCCUGAUCCAGUAGAUAUGCCAUUGGAAAUGGCUGAUGCAGCAGCCAGCGCUAAAGAAAUCAAACAGAUGCUUUUAGAUGCGGUACCUCUGGUUUGCAAUCUUUCCAAUAUAAUGCUUCCAAAUUAUGAUAAUAUCACUGGAAAAGACAUGCUUGAAUCCCUUGGUCUAAAACUGGGAGAUCGAGUUGUCAUUGCAGGACAGAAGAUUGGCAUAUUACGAUUUUGUGGCAUGACAGAAUUUGCCAGUGGGCAGUGGGCUGGUAUAGAAUUGGAUGAACCUGAUGGCAAAAACAAUGGUACUGUUGGAAAAGUGCAGUACUUCAAGUGCACUCCAAAACAUGGUAUCUUUGCACCACUCUCUAAAAUAAGUAAAAUUUCUGGACACAAAAAAAGUACAAAAGCUUCUUCCUCACGACCAUCGUCUAUAAUCAAAUCCAAGAAAAUUGAUGUAACCCACAUAACCUCUAAAGUGAAUUCUGGCUUAUCAAGAAAAGAUGGUAUUUCCAAUUCCACAUUUGUAGUCAGUGAAGAAGUAAAGAAAACUGUAUCAGGUAAAGAAGCAAAUUACCUUGGAUUCAGUAGCUCUUCAUCCUCAACUGUAUCAUUAGAUAGCAAGGUGAAUUGUCCCAAGAAAUGUAAUUCCACAAGUAAUAAGAAGAAGGAAAACAUGAAAGACCACCCAAAUUCAUCCAAAUCUAUGGCUGAAGGAAAUAAUACUUUUCUAUCUGCAAAGCAAAAUGCAUUUGAUGAAGGGGAAAUUCAGAUUGGAGAAAGAGUAUUGGUGGUAGGACAAAGAACUGGAAUAGUUAGAUUCUAUGGGACAACCAAGUUUGCACCAGGGCUUUGGUAUGGCAUAGAACUGGAUAAACCUCGUGGCAAGAAUGAUGGCUCAGUUGCAGGAAUACAGUACUUCAGAUGUCCCCCCAGAUAUGGUGUUUUUGCACCACCAUCUAGAGUGCAAAAGUUAACAGGAUCACUAGAAUCUCUCACAGAUACUUCAAGUAAAAUGAAUCAUUCUUUCCCUGGUUUCCAACGAAGUUUUAGCACAACCUCUGCAGCUUCACAAAAAGAGAUAAACAGGAGAAAUUUCUUUGUCAAAUCAAAAAAUUCUUCUUUGCGUCGUAGUUGGAGCAACACUACUACUACAAGCACAGACGCCCCAGUGAAAUUACAUGAAGGCUCUCAGGUCCUCCUGACCAGCUCCAGUGAGAUGGGCACAAUUCGCUACAUUGGGCCCACCAAUUUUGCUCCAGGCAUUUGGCUUGGCUUGGAACUUCGGAGUGCCAAGGGCAAGAAUGAUGGCUCUGUGGGUGAAAAGCGAUAUUUCACUUGCAAGCCAAAAUAUGGAGUCUUGGUGCGUCCAAGUCGAGUAACUUAUCGUGGGAUUAAUGGAAUGAAACUUGUUGAUGACAUCUGUUGAAGAACAUCGUUUCAGUUAAGAUGAGGCUCUCACAAAAACAGAUGAGGAAAACCUGACUUUUACCUGCAUGGAACCCUGUCUUUACCUAACAUCCUAAAGCUUCAUGGCUCUAAGAUGUUCACAGUUUGGAAGUGUGCAGUGACCGAAGAAUGAGAUCUUAGUAGCUUUCACUGUAAAACAUUUCUUGCUUGAAUACUUCUUGUAUUAGAAACAUCUUGGAUUUGAGCUGCUCUGUUACUCCAAUAAUAACCAUUAUUCGAACUAACUCCAUUUUGACAGGCUUUGUCUCUUCAAAAUGAGCUUUUCAUCCUGUAUUUUAGUGAAGCUAUAAUGCAUCAAGAGAUCAUACAGUUUGUUAAAUAACUGUUUAAAAUUCUUUCUCUAGAAAAAAACAGUAAGGUAGAAAAGCGACGGAGAAAGAACUCUGGGAAGCUGUUAGCUUUAGACAGUUCCCUGAAAGCACAAAAUGAUCAGUUGAAAAAAACCCUGAAAAGUAGAAUUUGCUUAUUUGACAUGACAUGAAAGCUACAAAAAUGGAUAUUUUCAGGUUUCCAGCAAAAGCACUUUUAAACUGUGUGCGCGCGCAGACACUUAAAAAAAAAAAGUAUGCCAGAAGCACUUUAAAAAAAAAAGCCUUUGGGACAUUUAAUGUGCACUUUUAUUUCUCCUGAAGUAUUUUCUAUGAUCAUUUGGAUAAGCCAUUUGGUAAGUUGAGACUGUAGCCUGUAGCAUUGCACCAGUUAUACGUGUCCCAAGCGCUGUAUCCAGAAGAGGCUAGGAGAUCAAUAAGUGUUAAGAUCCUGGAGAAAUAUGUGCUUGGAUGUACAACCCCUCCUGCUUCAGAAAACAUGCACCUUCUUCCUAUGGCAGGUGAGAACAAAGUCACUUGGUGUGUGAUAUCAUUCUCAUCUUCAACUCUCCAGGAUGAUUUGAUCAUGAUUGCCUUUUGAGAACUGAAAUUGCAGAAACUCUGUGGCUGUUUUGCUGUAUUUUCAUGUGUUUCUUUGACUGUUGCAGGCGCUAGGCUGUUUCACAGCCAAUACAUCAAGCCAGAGGAGAGUUCAGCUGAACAGAAGUUGAGUACUUAGCUUGCAGGCCAAUAGAAGCCAACAUGGAUGCCGAAAAAUUAUGUGCAAACCUAUAGUUUGCUACCUGCAUCCAAAAUACAUUUUUAAAAAGUAUUAUAUAUAUAAAUGAAAAGCCAAAGAAACCAGCAAAUGGUUUAUUUCUUCUAAAUGAAGUAUCUUGUCAAACUGCACUUAAAACCGCAACAAUUUAAAGCAUCAUUAAGGACUUUUGGCAAGAUUUAUUUACUCUGCAUAAAAUGUUUAAUGAUAAAAUGGUUUUUUCAGCUUUGCUAGAAGAAAUUUUCCUAAUCUAUAUUUCUCAUGAUCUAGCAACACUGUUACUCUCGUUAAUGAAUACUUUUGACUAAGGAGAAUAGUUACAUAAUAUGGCUAUAAGCUUAUUUUUAGUUGUAAGAUCAUGCAAAAAGUAGUUAAUGAAUUUAAGGAUGAAGUUGCACCUUGAUGCUUGCUAUUUCCUAAUCCAAAAUUAGCUUUCUUAAUAGUUAAACUUUAUUUUGUUAUUUAUAUUGAUAGAAAGGGUUGUUACUAAGCAUGGUUGUGCAAAACCUUUGAAAGAAGUGUAUAGUGUACAUGGGAGUGUGUGCAAAGCUCCCUCUUCUAAUCAGCUAAAUCCUUUUCAAAGCUCAUGGAGCUCAUAUGCUUUUUGAGGUUCAAGAGUUGUACAUGUCCAGUGUGUGAAACAAGUUACUAUAUUAAUCAUAAAGCCUAGGAAAAGAAGCAGCUGCCUUAUGAUUCUAAAAGUGGUGCUGCCACCAGUAAUACAAAAUAAAGCAGAUGUUUGAAAAUUCCAUUUAUGUCUGUAAAACCUGAAAUCUCAAAAGAAACUCGAGAGUAACAAUGUAAUCACUGAUAUGCUCCUUGGUGCUCAUUAGGCAAUUCACCCCACUUGAAUUCAAAGAUUCUUUUAGUCAAGCACAAUAAAUGGCAAUCUAACGUGCCACAAAACACCAGCCUCAUACAUUAUCUGUAUUUCCAACAGUGCCUUUGGGCUCCACAGAGAUCCAGCAUAGUUGAAGGCUUCAUUUGCCUUCAGGUAAAGUCUUCAUCAUGACCAGUCCCAUGGUCGCAUCUAUUUUAUAAUAUUGCCCAAAACAUGCUCUCAAAGUUCCACGUUCCAAAGUUCUCAUUGAGCACCCCACUCAAUGAAAAAACCUUGUUAAUAAUUUAAUUGGUCCAUAGAUACCUUGAUAUUGAACAUAAAAGUGUUAUAUAUUCCUUGUACUGUAUACUGUAUCUUUUGCAUUAUAUUUCUCUUUCACCCUCUUCGUGUUUGACUAAUGAAGCCUCCAGGGAAAUGCUUAAUAUAAUUAAAGAGUAAAAAUGUAUUGAUACUUUUUGGUGCAACAGUUCUGUAAUCAAUUAUUAGUGUAUUUUUGCAGUAUUUACAGAUUAUCAUUGUCAUUUGUUACAUUUAUAUCCCUCAAUUAUUAUCGUUACUCUGGUGAUUGUAAUAAUAGUUUGCUUCAAUCAUAUUAUUCAGUUUCACAGAAUGUUAAUGAGUGCAAUUUUCUACAUAAUAACAAACCCUGCUGAGUUUAGUGUAACUUAUUCCCAGUUUAGUAUAAGAUUGCACCAUAUAUUUUCAGACAAACUUAUUACACAAAAAUGUCUACAUAAUUACUAUGCAAGUAUACAUACCUUGUACUAGAGAUGAACACUUUGGGGCAAUAAUUUGAAAAAAGUAUUUCAGACUUUAACGAACAACUGCAACUUUUUUUCCAGACUUACGCAGAACCCUGGAAAAGUUGACUUGCAUUAAUGAAUAGUAGAAAAGGCUUGAGCUUGUGCCUGUGCCAGACCUUAAGCAUUUUUUCCAAAUUAUUUUCAAAGCAUAUAAACAGCCCUGGUAUGUAUACUCAAUGGAUUGUAGCAGCUAGUUUAUGGUUUCAUCAGAUAAAAUCAGAAACCAUGGCUUUAUAAUAUAAUAUAUUACUUUCCUUGGCUUCUAACUUGGCUCAACUCUGAAGUGGUAACUUUGUUAUUACUUGUUUGAUCCAAAUUAGAUUAAGUAUAGUUUCUUAUUUGCCAACUAAUAUCAAAUCAGUGUGGGUGUACUAGGAAGCUAAAUUAAAUUAAUAAAAUGCAUGCUAAAAACUGAGACUGAAUCAUAACCACAAAAUUAAAUGUUACCACUAUGAUACUUCUGAAAAUGAUUGCUAAGCCAUGCAGAAAGAAUUUCAGAAGACUAACAAUGCCUACUUAUUUCCAUUGGGUUUACCCCUGAUAAUUCAAUCCAGGAUUGAAGAUUUCAUAAUUCAGUUUGAUUGAUAUAUAAUUUGAUUGAUAUAUAAGCUGACUUUGUAUAAAUAUACAAAAGUAUGAAGGCUAUUGCUUAACGCAUUGUAAGCCGCCCUGAGUCUCCGGAGAAGGGCGGCAUAUAAAUCAAAUUAAAAAAAAAUAAAUCAGAAAAAUAGAGCCUGUUACAUCAGAAACUCUCAAACUGGAGUUUUGUGGAAUCCCUUAGAUAUUUUGAGUGUUUCUUGAAGCCAUGUAUUAUUAUUUUUUGCUUGCUUGCUUUCAACUUACUCUUGACUCCUGGCAACUACAGUUGCAAGUACAUGCAAUCUAGGCCAGUGGUUCUCAAUCUUUUCUUCAUCAUGGAUCCCCUUUAAAUACCUUUUGUGGCCAUGGACCAUGGUCAAGGACCCCCAAAACUUAAUAUUUAAAUCAUAACAUUUCUUCAAGCCUUCGCUUGAAGAAUAUCAAGCUGUGACGACAUCGUGACUCCCCAGGGUUCUGUAAACCACAAGUCGAGAACCACUGGUCUAGGCAAUAUUUUUGGAAGUGUUUUAACAUUACUUCCAAGGGCUUAGAGAAAGUGAAUGGUCCAAGGCUGUCCAGUCAACUUCCAUGCUUAAAUCAGGAUAAAGACUCAGGUUUCCCUGCUUCUAGUCCAGCAUCUUAAUUUCUAGAGCAAACUCUCUAAUCAUAAGUAGCGUGGAGCUGCUUUAGAUGUUCAUGUUUUACACUGUAUCAGCAAUAAUUCCAAUUGUUGAAAGUAAGUAUAAAAUUGAAACGUGUAAGACUAAGCUGCCUUUGGGGCAUUGUGUGGAAAUAUACUGUAUAAAUGAAUGAAUGACAUUAAAAUGUAAUUUUACUUUCUAGAUUGUAAUUACUUUUGAUGCAAACAGAAUAUUUGUAAAGUAAGGUAGUAAAACAUUGAUAAUUCAGGUCACUGAUUGUAAUAUAUAAAAGUACACUUGAUCAAAAUAUUUCAGCAACUGUCAAAAAUAUAACUGAUCACAUUUCAACAACAACAAAAAAAUACUCUGGUGUGAUUAAACACAAAUGACCACUUUUUCCCUUUGGAGAGUUAGUGGGUUUUUUUAAUCAUUCAAAUAAUCACCCACAAUGCCUUUGUAACUUCAGUUCUGUUGGAAUCAUGUUAAUCUUAAGUGCAGCUUAGAAGGGAAAAUGGAUCUACUAUGACAGCCAAGUAUAAUCACCAAGAAAUAAUACCGCAACGAAAGAGUGGUAAUGAUUUUGUCUGUCCAUUAUUCUAGUAAGCCUAAAUAAAAACUAAAGGUUUUGCAA